GAAAACACAAUCUGAUUCUACAAUAUCGUUAAAAGAACUACCGCAGUUUUAUAGUUUUUCAGUACUUUUCUUUUUGAUGCAUUGGGUGUUGGUUUUUGGUGUCUGAUUAGUUCUCCUCCCCUUUUGAGCAUGUGGUGCCAAAGUCUUGAUUACCUGGUGCGCCACAUGGUGAACAUUCACUUUUCUGUAAGUCAUGAGAAAGGACGAGAUUGUGGAGUCCGAAACACGUAGACAUCGUGGAUCUUGUAUGUGUUUGGAUAACAGUUUUUUUACUGUUAUUAAUAAAGUUGCAAGUUUUUAUGGGAAGCUGCACCACAAGUUUUUUCUUUGGAUUACGUUUGUGCCCAGUCAUAUCCGGACUGGGCCCGUGCUUCCAUGAAAGCAACAAAGUCCGAGCCUGGGAAAGUGACCGCAGCUGUAAAGAAAGCCUUGGAUGUUGGGUACAAGCACCUUGACUGCGCCUUUCUCUAUCAGAAUGAGAAUGAAGUCGGGGAAGGCAUUCAAGAGAGGAUCAAGGAAGGAGUGCUAAAGAGAGAGGAGCUGUUUGUUACUAGCAAGCUAUGGUCAACCUUCCAUGAAAAAUCUAUGGUGAGAGGAGCCUGCGAGAAAACUCUUGCCUCUCUGAAGCUCGAUUACUUGGACCUCUACCUCAUACAUUGGCCAACAGGGUUUAAGGCUGGAGAGGCUUUUUUCCCCACUGAUGAGCAGGGACAAGUGAUACCGAGUGACACGCAUUUCUUAAAUACAUGGGAGGGUAUGGAAGAACUUGUGGACGCGGGGCUGGUGAAAGCCAUUGGAAUCUCUAACUUUAACCACAGCCAAAUAGAAGAGCUGCUGAACAAGCCAGGGUUAAAGUACAAACCGUCAGUCAACCAGAUUGAAUGUCAUCCAUACUUAACGCAAAACAAGCUCAUUGAGUAUUGUCAAUCUAAAGGCAUUGCUGUGACAGCGCACAGUCCUCUGGGAUCACCAGCCCGGCCUUCGGCCAAACCAGAGGACCCAUCUCUUCUAGAAGAACCCAAAAUCAAAGACAUUGCUGCCAGGCAUAAAAAGACAGCUGCCCAGGUCCUGAUCCGCUACCCUAUUCAGAGGAAUGUGGUAGUCAUCCCGAAGUCAGUGACUGAUGAACGUAUUGAAGAGAACUUUCAGGUGUUUGACUUUGAAUUGACCCCAGAAGAUAUGAAAGAUAUCUCCAGCUUUGAUCGGGGCUGGAGAGUCUGUGGCUUAACUUCAGCCAGAAAACACAAGGAUUAUCCAUUCAACGCAGAGUUUUGAAGGGCUCGCUGCUCCUGUUACAGCUCCAGUUUUUCUAGAUAAUACUGUUCGUCCGCAACCAUUUGGAAAUGACUGUAGCAGGGUGUUCCCUUUUCUUCUGUAAUGUUUCAAUAAUCAAAAGACUAUAAUUUCCUGUUUCUGGUAUUUUAAAUUAAAAUAUAACUUU